AGCGGAGGGAGGGGAGGAGCGGCGGAGGGGUGCCGGCCGUGGCGGCGGCUCCGUGGGUUGCUCCUCGCGAGAGCGGGCGAGGUUUCCGGUGUUGUGACUGCGGGGCCGUAAACAUGGCGGUGAGUCUCCGCGCCCGGUCGUUGAGGCACCUCCGCAUCCGAGGUCGGAACGACAGCGGCGAGGAGAACGUCUCCCUCGAUCUCAGCCGAGAACCUUCUGAUAAUAUGAGAGAAAUUCUCCAAAAUGUAGCCAAAUUGCAAGGCGUUUCAAAUAUGAGAAAACUAGGUCACUUGAAUAAUUUUACUAAGCUGCUUUGUAAUAUUGGCCAUGCUGAAGAAAAGCUAGGUUUUACGUAUGACAGCAUCAUAAUAUGCCUGAGGUUAGCUUUACUGAAUGAAGCAAAAGAGGUGCGAGCAGCAGGAUUGCGAGCUCUCCGCUACCUAAUUCGAGACUCCAGUAUUCUGCAAAAGGUCCUGAAGUUGAAAGUGGAUUACUUGAUAGCCAGGUGCAUUGACAUACAGCAGAGUAAUGAAGUUGAAAGAACACAAGCACUUCGAUUAGUCAGAAAGAUGAUCACUGUGAAUGCAUCAUUGUUCCCCAGUUCUAUUACUAAUUCUUUGAUAGCAGUUGGAAAUGAUGGUCUUCAAGAAAGAGACAGAAUGGUUCGAGCAUGUAUAGCCAUUAUCUGUGAACUAGCACUUCAGAAUCCAGAGGUGGUGGCUCUUCGGGGUGGUUUAAGUACCAUCUUGAAAAAUGUGAUUGAUUGUCAGCUGAGCAGAAUAAAUGAGGCUCUCAUAACUACAGUUUUGCACCUCAUUAAUCAUCCAAAGACCCGACAGUAUGUGCGAGCAGAUGUAGAAUUAGAGCGAAUUUUAGCUCCUUACACGGAUUUUCACUACAGGCAUAAUCCAGAUACAGCAGAAGGACAAGUCAAGGAGGACAGAGAAGCACGUUUCCUAGCUAGUAAAAUGGGAAUAGUGGCAGCAUUUCGAUCAUGGGCAGGUAUUAUCAGUCUGUGCAAACCUGGAAAUUCGGGGAUUCAGUCUCUUAUUGGGGUACUCUGUAUACCAAAUAUGGAAAUACGGCGAGGUCUGCUUGAAGUUCUCUAUGAUAUAUUUCGCCUUCCUCUCCCUGUUAAUGCAGAAGAAUUUAUUGAGGCACUUCUCAGUGUAGAUCCAAGCAGGUUUCAGGACUGUUGGAGGCUUUCUGAUGGCUUUGUAGCUGCUGAAGCUAAAACUGUAUUACCCCAUCGAGCCAGGUCAAGGCCUGAUCUCAUGGAUAAUUAUUUGGCUUUAGUGCUUUCAGCUUUUAUUACCAAUGGACUUCUAGAGGGUCUGGUUGAAGUGAUCACAAGUAGUGAUGACCAUGUGUCUGUUAGAGCAACUAUCCUUUUAGGAGAGCUUUUGCACAUGGCAAACACAAUUCUUCCUCAUUCUCACAGCCAUCACCUGCACUGCUUACCAACACUAAUGAACAUGGCAGCAUCUUUUGACAUCAUGAAAGAGAAAAGACUACGAGCAAGUGCUGCACUCAACUGCUUGAAACGUUUUCAUGAGAUGAAGAAAAGAGGACCUAAACCUUACAGCCUCCAUUUAGAUCACAUUAUUCAGAAAGCCAUCUCAACACACCAAAAACGGGAUCAGUACCGUGUGCAGAAAGACAUCUUUAUUCUAAAGGAUACAGAAGAAGCGCUUGUAAUGAAUCUUCGAGACAGCCAAGUUCUCAAUCAUAAAGAGAAUCUUGACUGGAAUUGGAAUUUAAUAGGGACCAUACUGAAGUGGCCAAAUGUAAAUCUAAGGAACUAUAAAGAUGAACAAUUACACAGGUUUGUAAGGAGAUUGCUAUAUUUUUACAAGCCUAGCAGUAAAUUGUAUGCCAACCUGGAUCUGGAGUAUGCCAAGGCUAAACAGCUGACUGUGGUGGGUUGUCAGUUUACUGAGUUUCUUCUUGAAUCAGAAGAGGAUGGACAAGGUUACCUGGAGGACUUGGUUAAAGAUAUUGUACAUUGGCUUAACUCUUCAUCUGGAAUGAAACCUGAGCGUAGUCUUCAGAAUAAUGGGUUACUGAAUACCCUUAGCCAGCACUACUUCUUAUUUUUUGGUACUCUUUCUUGUCAUCCUCAUGGAGUGAAAAUGCUUGAAAAAUGCAAUGUAUUUCAGUGGUGAGUGUUUUAUUCUGUUUAAACUGUGCUUAUGGGUAUAAUGAAAAUUAUAACCUGCAUGAGCACCAUCAUCUGUAAAGCUGAAAAAUAAAGAUCCCCAGUGGGG